AUGGUGGAAGAAAAAGGAGCCCUAAAAAAGAAUGAUACAUGGGAACUUGUGAUUCUUCCUCCUAGAAAGAGACUAGUUGGGUGUAAAUGGGUGUUCGCGAUAAAGGAAAAAUUGGAUGGGUUAGUGGACAAGUACAAGCUAGAGCUCUAUGAGGAAUUGUGCAUGGAUAUUCCACCAAGAUUCUCCAGUAAGGAAACGGAGGGAGAUGACAGCGUUGAGAGCUUUUUUGGUCGAGAGUUUGAGAUAAAAGAUCUUAGAAAACUAAGGUACUUUCUUGGGAUUGAAAUACUCCUGUGGAAGCUAACACUCGGGCCUCGGCUCAAGGAAAAGGAGGGUGAACAAGUGGACAAAGGCUGUUAUCAACAGUUUGUUGGAAAGUUGAUCUAUCUCUCCUACACACGGCCUGAUAUUGCUGUGGCUGUUAGCUUGGUAUUUCAGUAUAUGCAUGAUCCUUAUUCCUCCCGCAUGGAGGCAGUUACACGUAUCUUAAGAAAGAAGAAAAAUGUGGUGGCUAAGUCUAAUGCUGAAGCAGAGUUUCGUGCUAUGGCAUAG